UCCCCCCCGCCCCCGCCAUCUUAAACCGCUACGCGCCGGUAGCGAGGCGAGGCCGCCGUUCCCGCAGCCCUGGGAGAUGGCGGUGCCGAGCUCGGCGGCUUGGACGUGGCUGCUGCGGCCGCCCACGGCCACCGAGCUGCUGCUGGUGGCCCUGUGCUGGCUCGGCUGCUACUGGCUGCUGCGGCGGCGGCCGCGGGAGCUGUCGGGGCUGCCGCCGGGCCCCGCGCCCUGGCCGCUCGUGGGCAACUUCGCCUUCGCCCUUCUGCCGCCUCCGCUGCUGCGCAGGUGGGCGGUGGAGGUGCAGGGCGACCGGCUCUCCCCCGCCUUCUCGCCCCAUGUCUUCCUCACCGGCCUCACCAAGCUGUACGGCAGCGUCUUCCGGCUCUUCGUGGGCAACCGCCCCAUCAUAAUCCUCAACACCUUCGGGGCGGUGCGGGAGGCGCUGGUGCAGAAGGCGGACGUGUUCAGCGACCGGCCCUCUGUGCCCAUCGUCCUCAUGAUCACCCACCACAAGGGUGUUAUUUUUGCACCUUAUGGCCCUGUCUGGAAGCAACAGAGGAAAUUCUCUCUCUCAACACUGCGUCAUUUUGGAGUAGGGAGACACAGCUUAGAGCCUAAAAUCAUUGAGGAGCUGAACUUUAUAAAGGAGGAAAUGCUGAAGCAUGGAAAGGAUUCAUUUAAUCCCUUCCCAAUCAUUCGCAAUGCAGUGUCCAAUGUUAUCUGUUCCAUGGCCUUUGGCAAGCGUUUUAACUACGAAGAUGAUGAGUUCAAGACGAUGCUGAAGAACAUGGCCCGCGCCCUGGAGCUGAGCGUGAACAGCUACAUGAUCCUGGUCAACAUCUUCCCUUGGCUCUACUACCUUCCCUUUGGGCCUUUCCGGGAGCUUCGGCAAACUGAGUUAGAUAUUACUGCUUUUCUGAAGAGAAUAAUUGCCCAGCACAGGAAUACACUGGAUGCAGCAAAUCCCAGGGACUUCAUUGAUAUGUACUUCAUCCAUGCGGAAGAGGAGAAGAACAACAAGGAGAGCAGUUUUGAUGAUGAUUAUCUGUUUUUUAUCAUUGGUGACCUCUUCAUCGCAGGCACAGAUACUACUUCCAACACGUUGCUGUGGUGCCUGCUCUACAUGUCUCUUUACCCUGAAGUACAAGAAAAGGUUCAUGCAGAAAUCGAAGCAGUUCUAGGACGUGACAAAGUCCCCUCUCUUGCUCACAAGGCUCAAAUGCCCUUCACAGAGGCAACCAUUAUGGAAGUGCAGAGAAUGACUGUGGUUGUUCCCCUUUCAAUUCCUCGAAUGGCCUCAGAAACUGCUGUGCUCCAGGGAUAUACUAUUCCUAAGGGGAGUGUGAUUGUGCCCAACCUGUGGUCAGUACACAGAGAUCCUAACAUUUGGGAGAAGCCGGAUGAAUUUCAACCAUCAAGAUUUCUGGAUGAAAAUGGCCAGCUAAUAAAAAAAGAGUCAUUCAUUCCUUUUGGAAUGGGUAAACGUGUGUGCAUGGGAGAGCAGUUGGCAAAAAUGGAGCUGUUCUUGAUUUUUGCAAGUCUAAUGCAAAGUUUUACCUUUCUGUACCCUGAAAAUGCUGCAAAACCAUCCAUGGAGGGAAGGUUUGGUCUAACUUUAGCUCCAUGUCCAUUCAACAUAAUAGCUUUGAAGAAAUGAUGCGACGUCAACAAAGAUUAAGCACAGAAAUACUGCACUUUUAAAAUGCAGCUCUUUUUUUUUUAUUUCCAGCUCAUUUUGUUACUUUCUUUCCAGAAAAAAACCCCAACUGCGUAGGCUUUCCUAGCCAGUGAGAAUGAUCCAUUUAGAUUUCUGGAAAGAGAAGAUUUUUUUUGUCAACUGUUGCAUUCCACAAAUGAACUGACAGCAUAGUUUUUAAUUUGAUAUUAAAACUUGGUGGGCUUAAGCUUUGUCUAUUACUAUCAGUUAGUCAAAUGUUGAUUUGAAAGAAUGGUCCAAAACAUUUGUUACAUUUAUAACAAUAUACAUUUAUAACAUUUAUAUCUAGCAAAUGGUAAUUGUAAAAAAUCCUGAAAGCAGCACAUAAACAUUUCAUUUACCAAAGGAAUGAAGCACAUCAUGUAAUAUUAAGAGUAUUAAUUAAUGAGAGAUUGUUAGCAUUUUCUGUGUAAAGAAACAUUGUAACUGAGCUUAAAUAAUUACAUAUACUUUUUGGAAAUUAAUGAAUGACAUUACUUUUAACCUUGGAGGGUUCUUUUUUGCGAGUAACUCAUAGGUGUACUAGGUUGGAUCAAAUCAGUCUGGAUUCCUGGAUCCAAGCAUCCUUGACAUUCAGGGCUCACUAUAAAAAAGCAGGUACCAACUCUGAAAACCCAGGAUUUAAGGCCAAAUGAAUCCUUGGAUAUGCCAUAUUCUCAACAGGAAAUGAGUAUGCAGUAUCUGGAUGCAGAUGUUUUAUAAACUAGAGUGGAAUUCUCUAACAAGAAACAGCAGAAGUUUGUUCUCUCUGGUGCCAAACAUAUUCAAGACAUCUGUGCUGCCUCUUGGCAUUCAGUGUUUCCCUCAUGGCAGCAGUGGCUGCAGGCUGGACGAGGCCAGCAGCUGCUCACUGGGGACAACGCUACAUGUGUAGUCCUGAAGUCAAGGCUUGCACUCAGGUUUUUCAUCCACAGGCAGUGUGGACAGUACUGCCACAACCUCUGGCUUUGGGAACUGGAGUCUUCAAAUACGGUGUCACUCCAGCAGUACAGGUGAAGGCCUUACACAUUUACCAUGAACAGAAGGAAGCUGACAAACUUGAGGUUUGAAUAUAAUGCCUCUCUCUGUUAUCUUCCCUAUAGAGUAAAAAUAUCUGUAGUUCAUAUAGUAUUAGUGUAUCAGUACCUUACUCUUUUCACAUGCAGAAUCUUAGUGCUGGUAACCACUGUCAAACCAGCUGCCAAGGAAACCUCAUGUAAAUUGUUUCAGAGCAGGGCAUUCAGUCUUGCCUUGUAUUUCAAACAUGGAAAGAGAUCUUUUGGGGGGAAUAUGUAACAAUUAACCUUUAAAUGGAUGUUCUUAAUCAUUCUUAAAUCUCUUUGCACUCCUUUUGAUCUAUCAGAAUUUCAUAUCACAUAAAUUAAGUUCUUACAUACUCUUCUAAAGAUGUUUUUUCCCCUCACUGGAGAUCUAGAGAAUACCAGGAGCCCUGCUAAUGUCAAGUUUACAAGACUGGAAUGUGAAUUUGAAUGUCAUUUAGAAUUGGGUAUUCCAUAGCAGAAACUAAACCUAAAUUGUGAAAGAAGAGACAACUUUUCAGCUUUAAUGUCUGGUUUUGUCACUUUUAACCUUGAAGUUUUAAAAUCCAGGUAGUGCCUAACAAAGACUGUAAGAUAGUUAUUUUGCAUUUAAAUUAAGGUUUUCUGUUACCUGUUUUGAAUAACAGAGUGCCUUAAUUUCAGAAUUAUGUAUUUGGUUGUUCUCCCACUGUUUGUGUGAGAACUUUCAGUUCUUAGAUAGGUUAGCUUUGGACUGUAUAGGCUUAUGGGUUUGGGGUUUUUUGGUAUGAAAUUUUUGAAAAAUUAGUACAAUAUAAAGUUGAGUUUGAUACCAAUGCUAGUGAACUUGCUCUGAAACGUCACAGUACUGGAGAAUUAAGCACUUUCUUUAAUUUAAUUUUGUAUUUUCCAAUGAAGAAGUACAUUCUAUAGAGUUAGGAUUUUUGUCUGGAAAUCCUAAAAUUAGGCUUAAUUGAGAAGCUAAAAUUAAGUGCUGAUAAUAUUUAUCUUUCUGUUGAAAUGCCUCCUUAAACAACAUAAUGAUGUUGGUGUGCAACUGGUGACUUGUACAAAAUACCUGUCCUUUUAAUCAAUGAGGACACAUUUGAAAAGCACUUUAGUAUUUUUUUACAGAUUCCAAAGAAGAUGCUAUUCACGUAAUCCCUUGGUAUGUGAAACUGUACAUAUUAGUGCUUGUUUUGCCUGCUGAGUUUAGUUUAAAAUGUCACCUUUGAAAACUAUCCUUUAAAAAUUAGCCUUCUACAAAAACUACUUUGAGAAUGUGUUUUUUGGUGAUACCUGUAAUCAAAUGCUGCAUCGUGCGACAAGCUGAAAUUACUGGUGAGAAGUUCUAACCAUGUCAAGGUCUGCUAGAAUACAGGAUGCUGUUGGAAAUGACAAUAAAGACCUGCCUUUCAUACCUUCCAGGUGCACUGAAAUUUUCACAGGAUACCAUAAAAAUAGCUAAACAAUAGCAUAAAGGCAACAAAAUCUCUGUGGUUUUCAAAAUGUGUUGCCAUCUUUGGCAAACUGUAAAGCGGUAGCAGAUUUGGUUUGUGUUUGUAAAUGUAUCCUCCCCCUGUCUUUUUUUAGCAGAGGAAGCAUCUCAAAUUCCUUGUUGAAAAAUAUAUGUCCAUGUAAGUGAGUGACUGUUUCUGAAUGCUGUAAAUAACUAACUUUAUUUCUAAAAUUACUUUGCUUCAAUGUGUUUUUGUUUUGAAUAAAGUAAUUCCCAAGUGAGUGUUUCA